UCCUACGUCGACCUGGUUGUUGGUCAAAGGGAUCGUCUGGAGCUGGAGCUUCUCCAAGCUACCAAGAACGUCAGAUAAGAUAUCAGCUUGCCCCUGUAUAUAAGGUCGACAUCUUGGAACCCUAGCGGAAUCACCUCUCGGAUCGUCGACGGAACCAUGACCUCUCCAACCCAACGCGGCACCUGGAACGCCGAGGUCGACAAGCUGAAGAACAGGCUCUCCGUGCUUUCCCAGAGCUCGAUGGACGGUGAAGAUCAAAAGAGGUUGAGAGAGAUCGGGAUGGCGCAAGAUCGAGGGGGUGAUAGCGACGGAGGUGAGACUGUCGAGACGGGGCAAGAGGCGGGGCAGAGCGAUUUCGUAAAGGCCAGACGACAAGCCGAUCAUGCGGACGAGAUGCGUUACGAUUUCUUCUUUUACGGGACCCUCAUGCACCCGUUGAUCCUGACCCGGGUGUUGGGGCAUCAAGACCCCGAGCUCGAAUUCCAGGACGCCAUCCUGCUCGGCUACGUCAGGCAUUGCGUGAGGGGUCACGACUAUCCGGCCAUCCUACCCGUCUCGGAAUCGAGCAAGCUGUUGAAGAGACGAUUAGACGACGAUGAAGCUUGUGUCAGAGGGACUUUCGUACGAGGUCUGACCAAAGUGGACGUGCUCGCCCUGGAUGCAUUCGAGGGGGAUAAAUACGCCCGAGUACGAAUCAGAGGUUCCGGGGGUACUCCCUCUCCCUUCGUCUCCCCCGCCAUCCUGACUCCCGGAUCGGACACCUUGUUGUUCGUCGAGGAGACCCCGCCCGUGCUCAGUCCCAACGGAAUGCCACCAGGCAAUGGCGACAUGAUCAACCACAACGACACCGCGCGCCCCAGUCCGUACUUUGACAACCUCCCCGUUCGACCACAAAUCAUCACCCUCGGCCCGCCCAUCCAGACGUCGACCAUGUUCGGCUUGGGCACGGGUCCGGUGGACGACCUCGUGAAACCUGACGUGACGGUCGAGCGCGCUAAGAAGGGGCUGCAAGAGGGGGAAGAAGGGUUCGCAGAAGUCUUGGGCUGGGUCUAUGUCUGGAGGUGGGACGUGGGCAAGCUCGAAAAGGAGAUCUGGGAUUUCAGAGCCUUCUUGGCGGAAAAGUCUCAUCGAUGGACCGGGACUUAUCAUCCGCCCAAGGAGGAAGAGGGAAAUCAAUCAGGUAUAGGUGGACAUGAACAAGGGCAGCCUGAGAAUGGAAAGACCGGGGCGGACGACAAGAGGCCUCCUGGAGGGAUUAGGAACGAGAGCUUCUACAAGGACGUGGAUGAUCUGAUGGAUCGGUUGAAGGCUGGGGAGACGAGUUGAUAGAGGAUUCCGGUGGUCUGGGUUCGAGAUUGAUAGAGGAUCGGAUAUGAGUUCUUGAGAUUGCUCUUU